AUGUUUGUCGCAGGAACUGAUACCAGCUCCUCUAUCCUGGGGUGGAUGAUGACAGAACUCUUAAGGCACCCGAUGGUGAUGCAGAAGCUAAAAGAUGAGAUAAGCAAUGUGAUUAGUGGUAGAACUCGCAUAACUGAGGAAGAUUUAAGUAGCAUGCCAUAUUUGAAAGCAGUGAUUAAAGAAAGUUUUCGAUUACAUCCCCCAGGUCCGUUGUUGCUUCCAAGGGAAUCCGUGGAAGAUGCCAAAGUGAUGGACUUUGACAUUGCAGCAGGCACACAAUUAUUAGUUAACGCAUGGGCAAUUGCAAGAGAUCCUUCUUAUUGGGAGAAAGCUGAAAUGUUUGAACCAGAGAGAUUCUUAAACAGUUCAAUAGAUGUGAAAGGACAGGAUUUUGAAGUUCUUCCAUUUGGAGCAGGAAGGAGGGGUUGUCCAGGAAUAAUGUUUGCCAUGAAUGUGAUUGAGUUGGUCCUAGCAAACCUUGUUCACCAAUUUAACUGGGAAGUGCCUAAUGGAGUAAUGGGGGAUCAGACACUGGACAUGACUGAAACUACUGGAUUGGUCAGUCAUAGAAAAUUCCCUCUCAUGGCAAUGGCAUCCCAUCAUGCAUAAUAAGAAGUUAAUGGUAAGAACUUCAAAUAACUUUGUUUCGUUCUCUUCAGUGAAGGACAUAGAAUAAACAUUGUUGAAGUAAAUUAAAGGAGUGAAACAUACCACAUCCAUGAGAAUCUCAACGAGGCUGACAUGGUUCUCAAGAAGCUCACAUUUGAAACCAGUAGUUUUUGGACCUAAUGUAUUCGUCCUCAUUGAGUAUAGUAGAUGUGGUAUCAAGAGUAGUUAACCGAAGGGGAUCACCCAUUUGUGUCAUUGUCAACUAAUUAUAUCUAGUUGAUAAUAAGAAAAAGUCAGAAGAUUAGUCUU